AAGAUAACAUGAUCAUAAAAGCCAUUAGCCAAAUUAAGUAAUAUUUUGUUGGAAAAGUUUGAGUUCACUUAUUUUAUCAUCGAGCAUUAAUCCACUUGGAAGAGUGGGAAGUUUACUAACUCUAGAAGCAAAUAGUGUGGCUUGCAAGUAUUCUUUGGACGUGAAUCUACAAAAUAAUGUCGGAUGUAAAAAAAAAAAAAGUGAGAACUAGUCAAUUAACCACUUAUGUAUUUUCCUCCUUCAGAUCAUGAUAAUUAACCUUGUAGUUGUAUUUUUGAGGCACUCCCACUCUUCUGAAGUCCAUUGAUUCGAUAUAUCUUACAACAAUUUUCUUGAUCACUACGAAAUCUCUAACAUAAUACAAUUAAUGAGAUUUUUCGUAAAGAAGUCCAACAAACUCGUGACGAUAUUUCUAUACUUGAUAUUGCUGGUUGAGCCAACUAGAUAGACCUAUUAUAAGCUUAGGAUAAUUUUCUAAGAUAUUUUGAAUAGAAGAAAAAAAAGGCCAAGAUGGAUCUGUUUAUAUCACCCCUAAUUAGCCCUCCUUUAGCUCAAAGUAUCUAUUUUCACACCAUUAUUGAUCCAUCAAUAAACAAAUGUGAACUCAAAUAUCUCGAAAUAUCUCAAAAUAUCUUUUUGAUCAACCUCCAUUAUUAUUGAGAAGGAGGGAGCAAAGGUAUCUUUGGACAUCAAGGACAAAUCAAAACGACCAGAAUUAGCAUAUGCAUCUAAUAAGGCCAACCCUCUCCUCUUUUUUCUAAUUCACUGAUUAUCUGUAGACUAAUAAAUGGCUGCUAGUUGCUGUUCUGAUGAGUUCCACAGCCACGAGUACCUUCACAUACGAUAGCUUAUUUUUAUGAUUACUAAUUAUUAAUAUAGAAAAGGCACAAGUCAUCGUCUGAUCCCCCUCUAAUUAUAUAUUUCACACACACUAAGAGAACAAGUUUGUAAUGUCUUCCCUAGAAAUUGCCUCCAUUGAUUAUUGGGAUGGGCCAAAAACACAUAUAAAUUUUCGUUUUUAUUACAUCGUGUGUUUUUAACCCCGGGUUGUUCUAGUUUUACGUAAAGAUUUUUCGCUUCUUACCUCUUGUCAUAUGAGUAUUUAACAGAAAUCGUGAUCUUUUUGAAUUUUCUUGAUGCAUUUUCCCAUCCUGUCAUAGGGGUUUGGGCAAAAAAAAUUUAUCUUUUUCUCAUCCUCGGUUUUGAUUAAGUCGAUUGUUCCCCGCUUGAUACAUUUGGUCCAUAAUUCAUAUGGCUUAUUGAAUAUAAAAUGAUGAACCGAAACAAGUUGCUAGCUACAUAUCAAGUAUUCUAAGAAUCCGUUGUUUUUGUCGUAGUUAUGUCCUUCCAUUAGAACUAUUGAAUUGUUUUCCAAGGCAAGCCCAGAGGGCGUAGGGCAUGAACUCAAUUACAAGAGCAACCACAACCAAACACGAUAGUACGUAGUAUGCAAUCAAACUACCAACGAAUUAAAGAGCCUUCUUUUGCCCCGACAUGGGCUACUCUGUUGAAACUCUGCGGAAAGGACACGACACUCACUCUAAUAAAGAGCAAAAAAACACACGAUAUAGACGCAAAUAGCAUAUGGUGCUAGAAAUCUCCAUACCAAAAGACUAAGACCUGCCCUUAAAGUAUAAUUGGAGUUAUCGAAUAUCUAACACCAAUGGUAUCAUUCAUCUCCUAACACACCCUUAGACAUAUUGUAUAUUUGUAUUUGAUGAAAACCCUUUUUUUUUAUGAAAGGUGUGCAAAUUAAAGGUAGGUUGACAUAUUAAACGAAUUGAGUCAUGGCUGGUUAUUUGGGUAAUGCCAAGCAAUUGGAGGCGGUUGGGUUGGAUACAAAAGCCACCAAAUCUGCCCUGUCCCAUAGUGAUUUCGAUUGGUUUGAUGUGAUGGGUUACGUUAAUAAUAUAGUUUACUAUACCUAUCUACCGCUAGCUAGCAAGCAAGCUUCUCUCAAUUAUCAUGCAUUGGAUGAUAAUGACAAUUAUGAUAGCUAGCUAGGUACAAUUAAACUACCAUUUAAAAUUGUAAUUAUAUGAUGAUUGAUCUCUUGGAAGGUCUUUCUGUAGUUUGCCCUUUCACAAUCACAAAUUUGAUGAACACUACUACCCUUUCACCGCAAUUAAAAAAACACAUUUAGUUCCUAUCCAAGUUACUACAAAGUCAAAAACUUUCAUACAAACGUCCUCUAUAUCUUUAAAAGAAUAAUCUUUUUUUAUCAUCUUAAUUAAGUUAUAUCCCUCUUUUGUAUUUUUGGAUGCCCUUCGUGUGAUUUUAUUUACAUGGAGCUGGAUCACAUCUGAUAAUUUUUAUUUUCGUUUUGUUAGUAGUAGGGUAGACAAAUAGGGUGAUAUCCUCCGUUUGAUGGCUAAAAAGGCGAUAUCUUUAAUAUUUUGGUCUGUUGGUAGGGUUUGAUUUUCAUUAUUGAUUGGCUUUCUUCACGUGAAACGAUUGUAUCUUUAUGAUCUUUAGAAUUCUAACGAGAAAUUGACGAAAGUACGUACAAAAUUCUUUCAUUCGAAGCUCCGUGCACCCAUCAUCACUCGUUGCAUUUGCGGUCCAUGUAUAUUUACAUUCUUUUAACCUCUCAUUUUUAAUCGUACAUCACCAUCUAAAUGCUCGAACAGUAUCGCCUUCACAAUUCGAGCACGAGACCCUUACAACAAAUCCAUUUUACACGAAUAAUCUCGAAGACCAAUUCACUACUACAAAGAUUAUUCAUGGUUGGUUGGGGGCCACCACGUACGUACCCCUGACUGUUACCAAUUACCAUAAUGUGAUUAAUAAGUGGCCCUCGAAAUCAUACAAAAACUCUUAAAAUAUCGAAGUGAUCAGUUGAUCAUCAUCAAUAACAAAUUAUAUUACCUUUUCUUAAUCACACGGUGCAACGAUAUGCCACGAGUCUGAAUAUCAAAUUGCAGAAUUCCCUUACCCAAACACGUAGGAACCCUAAUAUGUCAUCCUCUUGGGCUACUGCAUCACAAUCAUUCAACGUAAUUAACACUCCAUAACCACAUAUUAAUUAUGUUUGCAUAAGCGUGAUCCCGAAACAUUACCUGCUCUGUUUGUAUAUCAAACAAGUGAUCGGAUUGGAUAAUGAAAAUUAAUGGAUCUAUCGUUCGAUUCCAUGCAUUUCGUUGUAUACUAACCAUGAAUUUCGAUCAUGGUCGGUUCCAAAACCUGGGAUUUUGGUCCCCCCUCCCUGCAGCUUAUUAAUUAAGUUGGAUUUCGUUGUUACGAAGUGAUGAGGGGAGGAAGACGAAGCCACGUGGAGGGACAGCGGUAGCUACUCGACGUCGACGUUUUGUGUUCUUUAUUUUUCCAUGCAUGUAUAUAUGUCAACGCAAUGAAUUAAGGUAUCAUUUGUUUGCGGGAUUUGGCACCCAAAUUCCAAGUAUCAAGAACUUGACAUAAAUUUAUUGUUUGCUAAAAGACACAAAUCCGUGGGCCGCACGAAUUUGAACACUUUUUUAGAUCCAAAUUCGUGGACCCCACGGAUUUGCAAAUCCCACAUUUCAUUUGGAAUUUGAUAAUGGAAGGGGGAAAUAUGAGACAAAUCCAUCAUAAAUCUUUAUUACUCGGAAUUAGAUAAGUUGCUUUCGAUGGUCAAUUUAGGGCAUGAUUUAAAAGGAUAGAGAGUCACCUUUGAUCAUCGUGGGUAACUUUUCUUGGUCCGUCAACCCAAAAUUAGGUAUUCUACAACUUAUUAGGGUCUGAAGACUCUCGAUUGUCCAUUAAGCAAAUUUUAUUAAAGACGGCCUAAAAACCAUGUAAAUACUUUAAGUUAGUGGACUUAUUGGAAUCGAGUGAAUUUUUAUUUAUGAUAUUGAGCAUAAAUGUUACUCAUUUGG